CCGCCAGGGGGCGCGCGUCCAGCCGCGCCAGGAGCUGCCGGGCUCUGGGGCCCGCGGGCAGGGGAGGGCCCCGGCCUGCGCGGGUGGAAAGAACAUGUCAGCGCCCGCCCGAGCCUCGGCGAACCCCCUACGCUCCACGACGUCCGAAGACCUAGAAUGCCCGUAAGAUCUUCCGAGCCCCCCGACCAUUCCCUCAUAGUUCCGGAGGUCGCCCGCUGCCCGUCUCGACUCCCGCGACCCCCGACCGUCAUGGGAAUGCCCGUAGUUCCCCGCCUGCCCCCACGAAAUCCCUGGACAUAGCUAGCUGAUCGAAAUAUUCCUGGACACUUCCCGACACUCUGGGACUAUCUCUGCAGGGCUCCGACCGCCCCCACAUAACCCCAGAUUCCAAACUCUUCCCGCACGGUAGCCAGAGGGACCCCGAUUCCGCCAGAUGUCCUGAAAGAAGACGGCCUGCCCCCGCUGUGGCCCCGGCACCCCCCGAUUCCCCUUCCGGAUAUCCUAGGCGACCUUGAUGGUCCACGUAGCUCCAGUUGCCCCUCCAUUUAUCCCCUGAGUGCCCCGGUGUCCCCAGUGGCCCCGGGCAGACCCCUCUGGCACAUCUCCCCGGGAUUCCUGAGAGCCAGCCCCCGGGUCUGGGGCGCAGCCCCACGGUGCGGGUGCGGGUGCGGGUGCGGGUGCAGGUCCAGGACCCGGAGCCCAACCCGGGUCACCGCUUGGGCGCCAGGGCUGCUUUGUUUACCACCUGUCGCAAGGAAAAGGAAGGAAUGAACACACCAGGCAAGAAUGAAUUCAACUCUGCCACACCUACCUCACCGAAGAACUACAUUUCCCUUUAUGCUUGGCGUGACGCGCUCCUAUGAAGGAAAAAGCAAGAGUUACUUCCGAAAGCCCCUUUUUCCUCCUACGCCUGCCGAUGGCGCAGUGUUUUAUGGGAAAGGUAGUUCUAGCGCUCUUCCUCUGGCCACCUUCAAACUGAACCUAAACUAAACUUCCCAGCAAGCAGCGCACUCGCCUGGGAAAGAGGGGCAAGAUGGCGGAUGCCGAGGAGUAUCCUUUGCGGCUGGCUGGAUCCUCCGCUGCCCCAAUUUCGUUCAGUUUCAGUCGUACAACCGCCCGGAGACGGCUGGCGGACCCGGUAGACGACGCGGGUGCGGCUCCAGAGGAGAAGGAUUUCUUGAAGACCGUGGAAGGGAGGGAGCUGCAAAGUGUGAAGCCCUCAGAAACCCCCAAGGAUCUCAUCAUCCCUUUGAUCCAGAAUGGCCAUCGCAGGCAGCCACCAACCCAAGCUCCUGGGCCAUCCACAAAUACUGAGGCCUUGAUGGAUGGAGUGCUGUCCCAGGCUGUGAAGGAGCUCAUUGAGGACUCCAAGAAGUCCCUGGAGGAGAGAGAGAAUUCGGGUGUCGACCCCACGCUUGCUAUCCCCAUGAUCCAGAAAGGAUGCAUUCCUAACGGGGAAGGGGCAGACAGCGAACCCCGGGCUGAGACAGUGCCAGAAGAAGCUGAUUACGAGGCAGUCCCCGUAGAGGCCUAUGGGCUGGCCAUGUUACGAGGCAUGGGCUGGAAGCCUGGUGAGGGCAUUGGCCGCACCUUCAAUCUAGUGGUGAAGCCCCGUCUCAACUUACUGAGGCCGAAGGGGUUAGGGCUGGGUGCCAACCUGAAUGAGGUCCAGGCCCUAGUCCCCACUGGCCCCCACCACCUGCCAAAGCCAGAUGAAGAGCAAGAGAAGGCUAAGGAAGACCAGCCUCAAGGACUGGUGCCUGGAGGAGCUGUGGUGGUUCUUUCUGGCCCUCACCGAGGCCUCUAUGGGAAGGUAGAAGGCCUCGAUCCUGACAAUGUUCGGGCCAUGGUUCGCCUGGCCGUGGGGAACCGCAUGGUUACUGUUAGUGAGUACUGCCUGCGCCCUGUCUCCCAGCAUGAGUUUGACAAGAACACCUUGGAUCUCAGCCAGAUGAACAAAACUUCCCCAGGGCAACAGAAUGGAACAGCCUCAUCAUGGAAGGCCCUCCGGGAUCAGGACCCCCCCAGCUGGCGGGAGGACUCCGAGAGGAAGCGGAAACACCUUCCCGACCGACAGGGGGAGCCCGCAGCCAAGAAUGAGAAGGCAGGUCCCCAGAGCCAGCACUGGUUGCACAGGGACCUGCGUGUGCGCUUUGUGGACAGGCAGCACAAAGGUGGCCAGUAUUACAACACCAAGAUGACCAUUGAAGAUGUCCUCAGCCCAGAUACCUGUGUGUGUCGAACAGAUGAAGGCCGGAUCCUGGAAGGCCUGAAGGAAAACAUGCUGGAGACCCUGGUCCCCAAGGUCGAAGGCAACCGGGUGAUGGUGGUGCUGGGGCCACAGGCUGGAAGGGUGGGCUGCCUACUAGGCCGGGACAGAGAACGGAGCCGAGCUCUGGUGCAGCUGCGGAGAGAGAAUCAGCUGGUGGAGCUUCACUAUGAUGCUGUCUGCCAGUACAUGGGCCCCAGUGAUUCGGAUGAAGACUGACCUGUGGCCCCACUCCCACCCCAGGCCACUGCCAGCUCUGUACAGUGUGAAAAGCCUGUCUUUGCAGAGGCGGAGCAGUAAUCCUUCCAUCUUCCACUUGCACUGUGGCCCCAGGACAGGGCAAGGGCAGGACAUGAGACAGACGGACCAGCAGGGAGGCUCGAAACAAACCCUAGUAUUUUCCAGAAGUCAGUGUGUAAUAAAAAUCAUUUCCCAAACUUUGUAAAAUGAUGAGAUCCUUAAUGUGCACUGAGCUGAAUGGACAUGGAGCUGGGCUGGCCGAGGUGGGAGCUGCUCCAGACUUCAGCCCCACUGCCCUGCAUGGGCUGGCAAGACAAGUCAAGAAUCUGCUGCUCACGAGCUCAUUCUUGGACUACCGAAGCUAUGCAGUCUUUCCCUUAAGCAGAUAUUACAGAGUCCAUAAUGCUACAUGUCCGCACAGCUUUCUGAGCAAGAAUCUAGUGACAGCUAUGCUUUUACCCUUUUACUCUUGGUCUAGACCAGAUGUCUAGAAAAUAUCUUGAGCCGGUGAUGAGAGUCCAGAGGAAAGGGAGGCUUCUACCCACAAGUAGGGUGUGUUUGUAACCAGUUAGUUUGGGGACACCCCUGUUUUAGCCCACAGACUUUGGCUUAAAAGUAAAAAAAAAGGUUUGUGUAUCCCAGGUAGAAUUUCUCUGAUUGCUCCAGGUAACUGGACUCUCAAAAAGGUUAUUGUCAGACAGUCUUAAACUUUUUCCUGUUUAAUGGGCUGAGCUCCUCAGCAAGAGGAGCCAGAGCUUUAUGCAUGGUUGCUUCUAAAUCAUCCCAAUCACUAAGUUGCUGAUGUAAUAAAUGGUAUCUGAGUUAGAUCUAGACCACUGGUAUAAACUCAUGACAUUGUCAGAACAUGGCACAGUGCUGGCAAAUUUUUUAAAAGUAACUGAAUUAUAUUAAAAUUCUUACAACUCUUUUUCUAAUAAAAUCUUUUUAAAAAGA